ACGAUUAGCAAAGUGUUGAUAAGAGGCAGCUCUCUGUUUGCAUUGUCACAGUGUGAUAAGGUUUCUAAUGGUAUUUAUUUGACUUUUUUGAUAACCAACUUGCAGACCGGAAUAUCAGCAGAGAGCUCUAGAGGAACACUACAAGCAUGAGUGCAACAACUGAACAGCAACAGCCGAGCUUUGACAGCGCCCAGGGCGAUGCACAGCCAAGCUCAUCCACCACAUCCCAGCCGCAGCAGCAACAACAACAACAACAACAGCAGCAGGAACAGCAGCAGCAGCAGCAGACAACACAAAAUGCUACGGCAAGGCUGCUCCAGCAUUUCCAAACAAACCGCAUCGAUUCGGCGCUUUGGGCGUUACGUCUGCUAGUUAUCUUCUUUACCGUCAGCUAUGUAUUGCCCAUAUUCACCUCACAGCAGAGCGCUUUCAACAAAGUGUUGCUUGCGAAUGCGGCCAUCUCGGCGCUGCGUUUGCAUCAGCGUGUGCCUGCAUUCUCGUUCAGCCGCGAAUUUCUGUCACGUUUGUUUGCCGAAGACUCGUGUCAUUAUAUGAUGUACUCGCUGAUCUUCUUUAGCAUUCGUCCCACAUUGCUGGUGCUCAUACCCGUUGCACUCUACUCGGUGCUGCAUGCGUCCAGCUAUUCGCUCAAGUUGUUGGAUCUUAUUGGUCAAAAUUCUUGGUGGACCGCACGUUUUGUCAUCUCAAUUGUGGAGUAUAAGGCGGCCAAUAUACUGAAGGCCAUCGCCUUCUGCGAGAUUUUCAUUAUGCCUUACGCCAUUGUGUUGACCUUUAUGGCCCAUGCUGGUUUGAUGACGCCCAUUAUCUACUACCACUACCUGGUCAUGCGCUAUAGCUCGCGUCGCAAUCCCUAUCCGCGCACCGCAUUCGCCGAGCUGCGCAUCACAUUUGAGACGCUGGCCGCUCGGUCGCCGCCAGUCGUUGGCAAGAUCAUACGCGGCGGCAUUGGAUUCGUGAAUCGCCUGGCACCGCAGCCACAGCCGGCGCCGGCGCAGUAGAGCCCGGACGGCAGCAUCAAAUCUAAGAACCACAAUCAAAUUGACAAGCAACCAGCAAAAUCAUAAGCUAACUAACUCUAUUUUAAAUACAAACACACUACUGCACACACAUACACACACACACACACACACACACACGCACACGCACACGCACACUCAGGCACACACACAGGCAUAUACACACCCACACACAUACACAGAGACUCACAUCAGUGUUAAGGCUCACAUUUUGAAUUGUUAACAAAAUUGUGUGACGCACUCGUUGGAACAUAAAAUUGAUUGGUUUACAGUAGACAUUUUUAUUGGUCACUUUUCUUUUACAACAAUUCCGACAAGAAAACAAUCGAUCUACACUAUUUUUGAUAUUUGAAAAUUGUUGGAAAUUUCAACGUUCGUAUUAUUAACGUUAAUGCAGACAAUUAGUUAAAAUUUGUUGUUGCUUGCUUCAAUGCAAAAUUGAACAGAGAGAAGAUUAUGAAACAAUUGACGCUGAUUAUAAAUAUUUAUACAUAUAACAUCCAAUAUAUAUUUUUUAUUAAGCUACAAAGAAAACGACCAGAAA